GAGGACUACGAGAUCUUUGACCUGGUCUCUGCUCUUGAAGCUGCGGAAGGGAAAGGCACGACAUUUUACUCGUGGCUUGACGUUCCUUCUACUGCGACAUCCACCGAGAUCGGACGUGCGUAUCGAAAGAAAUCUCUGGAGCUACAUCCGGACAAGAACCCGGGUGUGAAAGGCAUCCAUGACCGCUUUGCCCGUCUUGGUGUUAUAGCAAAGAUUCUGCGAGAUGGAGAGGGAAGAGAGCGCUAUGACUUCUUCUACAAGAACGGCGUGCCGAAAUGGCGAGGCACCGGGUACUACUACUCGCGCUAUCGUCCCGGCCUGGUCAGCGUGUCCAUCUUCUUGAUCUUCCUCUCCUCCGCUUUGCAAUACAUCGUGCAAAUGAUGACGCACCGGCGGGAGGUGGACCAUGUACGCAAGCUGGUUACCCAGGCUCGGGCGGUCGCUUGGGGCCCGAAGGGGACGCCGCUCGAUGGUCCGAGGAAGGUUCGCGUGUCCUUAGGUGAGGGAGAGGGGAUCAAAGCCGUCGACGUGCUCGUGCACGGAGAAGGGGUCUUCCUGCUGGGCAACGACGACCAUGAGACGGUGCCGCUGGACGAGUCUGUACCCCUCAAGCCUGCCGUGUCGCGUACGUGGCCUGUGGUGCUCGUUCGCGCAGCUAUCGAACCCAUCAUGUCGCGGUUCGCCUCUGCGCCAAAGGUCAAGACCGAUGAUGAUGCAGAUGAGAGUGACGCCUCGACUGUUAAAGCGAAUGGGAAUGGUAUCAAGAAGCUUCCCACUGCUGCUGCGUCCAUGGCUGGGGGGAGAAGGCGCAAGGCUGUCAAG